CCUGCUGCGCCGCGGCCAGACGCAAGGUGCUGCUCCGGCGGCCGGAGCCCCACGGCGAUGAUCCUAGGCAGCCUGAGUCGGGCGGGCCCCAUCCCAGCCAUCCUGCGCCCGCCGCCCGCCAUGAUGCAGCCGCCCCUCGACCUCAAGCCUUUCCUCUCGUUCCCCAUGGAGGCGCAGCCGGCUGUGGGCCUCUUCCCGGGUUUCAACACGGUAAGGCCGUGGCUGCUUCCGGCCCAGGAGGUGCAGGCUCGGAUGGACCCAGUGCAAAAGGCCGUGAUCAACCAUACCUUCGGGGUACCCGUCGCCAAGGCCAAGCGUCCCAUUAUUUCUUGCAACGUCUGCCAGAUCCGCUUCAAUUCUGAGAGCCAAGCCGAAGCACACUACAAGGGGAACCGCCAUGCCCGGCGAGUAAAGGGAAUUGAGGCAGCUCGGACGCGGCAGAAGGAAUCGGGAGGCCGCGAGGGAGAUAAGCCGGGACCCGUGGGCAGCCCGUCCUCCAGCACCGGGGAGAGUGACUCUGACCGUACAGCCGAGCAUCUCAACGGCAUUGGGGGCUCAGGGACAGUGGCCCCUGUGCCAGCACCCAGCUCUCCAGAUAAGCAGCCCUGCCUGGCAUCUCCAGCGGCUGCAGCACCCCACCCAGCCCCCUGCCCUGAGCCCAGCCAGAGCUCCAAGAGCGGGCCAGCCUGGGGGACCAAAGUAGGAGAGAUGUCAACGACGGUUGCCGCUCCAGCCACUCCGGGAGUGGCACCCAGUAGCAACGGCAGCAGCAAGCCCGAUGAAGAGAAGGCCAAGAAGCUGUUGUACUGCGCGCUGUGUAAGGUAGCGGUCAACUCGCUCUCUCAGCUCGAGGCCCACAACAAAGGUACAAAGCACAAGACUAUCUUGGAAGCGCGCAGCGGGUUGGGGCCUAUCAAGGCAUAUCCACGCCUCAGCCCGACAGCUGGAGGGGAGCCAGGCAGCCAAGACCCCAGCGCUCAGGAGAGAACCUUCCACUGUGAAAUCUGUAAUGUCAAAGUCAACUCGGAGAUUCAACUCAAACAGCACAUUUCCAGUCGGCGGCAUCGGGAUGGCGUAGCUGGGAAGCCCAACCCAUUGUUGAGUAGGCACAAGAAGCAGCGAGGCUUGGCAGAGCUGCCGGGCUCCCUGGCCUUCCCCAAGGAGCUUCCCAAGUCACUGGCAGCUGGGCUGCUGCCCAGUCCACUGGCUGUAGCAGCAGCCAUGGCCGCCGCUGCUUCCACGCCCCUAACACUGCGACCAGCCCCAACACCACCACUGCUGCAGGGCCCACCGCUGACACAUCCGCUGCUGCGCCCAGCUCCGGGGCCCAUCCGAACUGCACACGGACCCAUCCUCUUCUCGCCGUACUGAUGCCGCCUGUCUGCCCACCUGCCUGCCACAAUCCCAGGACUCCUGGCACCACUGGAACCGCCCCCCGGCAACUAGCAAACUGGCCCCGGCAACGUCACACGGCGUCCAGCCUCCUCCAACGGGAGCGAUUUACUUUUUUUUUGUUUCUUUUUCUUUUAAACUGGAAAUGGAAUUAUUUUUCUGAGAAGAGACAAGGGACAAUCCCAGCCCUCCACACACAUACCGCCCUGCUCUCAACCCCAUCUGGGGUCCCGGCCAAAUCUGCACAAGCGCUGGGUUCCCCACGGGCUGGGCCGGGGUGUGUUCCUUUGUGUGUGCGCGUGUGUGUGUGCGUGUAUGCGCGUGUGUCAGUCACAUCUCCCGAGGUACGAACGGUUGGAGAGUGGUAGUGCCUCCCCCAGGACUCCAUGGAGCAUUGAAAAGGGAGGGGCAGUUCUGGUACCUCAGGGAACGUUUAGCAAGCAAUCUCCUUUCAUCCCCGAGCUAAGGGGGCCUCCUGGCCCCCCCACUCAUACAAGCCAUUGUCCACUUGCACUGAGAGGUGGGGGGGCGUAUGUGUGUGUAUGUACGUGUGCGGGACAGAAGACAGGGCCUCCGGAAAAAGAGCCCCUACUGCAAUAAUGCUGGCCGGCACCUCCAUGUACAUAUCCCUUGGUUUCCCUUCCCUCCCAUGUGCUGGCCCUGCCCUCAUUGCGCUUCCAUGCAACGGGGCCCCUGUGGGCCCCCACCACCACUGCACCUCAACAAGAGACUGGCAGAGCAAGAACUGUGCCCCCGAUUCCCAUGCCCCGCCAUGCCCUCCUGCAUUAAAAGGCAGACAGAUAGAGCCCAGUGUCGACAGCGUCUCCUCCUCUUCCGAGCCCUGUACUUGGAUCAAGCACUCCUCCCCUCCCGCUGCGUGGAAGGGAAGGUCAAGGGAACCUGGGCUGUUUGCUUUUAAUUUUUUUUUAAAAAAAAUUAUUGAUUGUUGUUUUGGUUUUAAAGUUGGUUUUUAUCAAAUCUGGAGGCUCCUCACCCGAGUUUGGAAGAAUAUGUCCCAUGGGAGCAUGGGGGAAGGAGGAAGGAAUGGGACUCAUCCUGCUCCAAAGACGGAGUCUCUACUCAUCUGGCCAGGAGUGUAGGUUGUUUAGCAUAGACUCCCAGCCCCUCUGUGAGGAAGGGUAGGGCUGUCUCAUUAGGGUCUGCUUGCAUCUCUCUCCCUCUGCCUGUAGACCUUUCCUCUGGGUAGUUUGUGCCGUUGCCAUAGUAGCACAACAUCUCCCUUCUCCUUCCUUUUACUGUUUCUCUAGAGUUUUGGUCCUCUACCCCCUUUCUUGAGUGGGCGGGACAUGAACUGGGAGGCCAGGUCAUUUCCUGGGGAUUAAAUGCCCCCCCUCCUCUCCAGGCCCCUCUCCUAAAGUCCCAACCCCACCCGGAGUGUAUAAAAUUCCAGAUGCUUGUUAAAUUCCCUGGCUCACAUCCGAGUUGGCUCACAUCAGUAGAUUGUAUCUUAUAUGCGUGCAUUCAUUUAUGUGUUGAUUAACAGAGUGACUGAGGUUUUCUCUCUCGCUCACUCGCUCUUUCUCUCACAUGCACGCACCACGGUCUGUGGUUUCCCUUCUUACCGAGCCGAACAAAGCAAGGCCCAGAACAGAACCCCAUAGCCCAGGGAAGAAGGUCUUCCACGCCGUGGCCGUAUACUGGCCGCACUCCUCUCUCCUGACCCCCCCCUGCCCCGUGGCCCUUACAAAACUGUGAGUGAUGUUCAAAGCAAUAGAGAUACUGUCUUGAGGGAGGGAAGGGGACCCACCCCAUCCCUGGCUGGCAUGAAUCUUGCCAGGCCUGCCCCCAUGUUACCUCAGACUACAGAUCCACCUGUUACUCCCCCUCCCCCUGCUCUGCCCCCCUCCCAGUGUCCCGUUUACCCCCUGAGUGUCUGUCUUUCCAUCCGUCUAUCCAUACUAGACUCUGUCCGUGCCCCCCAGGCCCACUCUUUUCUUGCUGAUACCAAUGCCUUUCUGCUUCAUCCCACACAGCACCUUUUACCCCCUCCCACCCCCAACAACAAUAAAAGAAGUGAUAAGGCUCA